AUGGAAGAAGACGAUUUACCGAGGAGGAUUAUAACGGCCGGCGAUGAACCUUGGGGUCAGAGAGUCAUUACAUACCAAAAAUUCAGCAUUAUUCAGGAUCUUAUUUCGGCGCUGGACGAAGACGAGAUUGAUUUCAUUCGUCAAUCUCCCCUGGGCAAAUUACUGGAGAUACCCUCAAUGCCGUUAGAAGUGAAGCGGAAGAACGAGAUAUGGAUUCUCUUCGCCGGUCACCCCAUUAGGUUCUCUUUGCGAGAGUUCAAGAUUGUUACUGGUCUAAACUGUGGGAGGUUUCCGGUGGAUCUGUCCAAGAAGAGGAAGUCUGCUAACUAUCCUAUGUAUGAUAGACUAUUUGAUAAGAAAGAAGAUGUCACCGUGGAGAGAGUAAUUGCUAUUCUGAAAGCUAAAAGAAGCCUGAGUAAAGAGAAUCGAUUGAGGAUGGCAUGUCUUGUCCUGGUCGAUGGAAUCCUCGUUCCAACUGUUCAUUACCCUCGUGUACGAGUUGUCAAAGAACAUGCGGAAAUGACUGAGGAUCUAAAGACCUUUAUGGAAUAUCCAUGGGGCAGGUUAUCUUUUGAUAUGAUGAUAACCUCGAUACAGGGUUUAGAUUUGCGGAAACUUGCAAAAGCAAAUGUCGCUGUACAAGGGUUGUUCGCUGCUCUUCAAUUAGUGGUUUUGGAAGCUGUCCCAGCAAUCGGCGAUUGCCUGAAUCCCGUAGGUGGAGGAGAGGUGGACUCAGACGAUAAUUUCAUCCCACAUCAGCGUCAUCAUCUUCAAUUGAAACUAAGUCAUGCGCGUGAGGUCGAUGAGGCCUGUGAGGAUCUAGUUACAUGCAUUAUUCGGCCGGAGGUUGAAUUUGAUCCAGAUGAGGAAGACCUUAGUUGGGCGGACGACCCAGCUGAUCCAAAGGUCGACAAGAUCUUGAAACUGAUAGCUGAAGGUUUCAAGUUCACGAGUGAAAUGUUCACUGGUGGUAAAAAUCAUCCGAAAUCGCUGUCAAAGUCAAAAAAAGGAGAGGCGUUGGUGGGAGAGCAUGACAUCAUUCAGAGAGAGUUUUUCAGUGCCACACUCAAGGAAAAUAACAAAGCUUUGCUUGCAGCCUUGCAGGACUGGUUUCUUGAUAAUACUGUUGUAGAGGAACGUUAUGAGUCCCAGACGGUGUCCGCCGACUCUGACUCAGCCGGCUGUCAUUCCCAAGCAGCGGCGCUGAAUGGGGUCCAUGGGGACAAUGUUAAUCGUGAUAAUACUGUGAACGCGGAAACACUGAUUCCUCGGAAUCCAACUUCACCUUUGGCUAGGGACGACAACUCCACUGCUGAUGACGGGAAUCCAGACGACACCAACGCCUUUGGAAUCGAGGUCAAUGUUCAUGAGCACGAGGAUGGUGAUGCUGCGCACACUGAUAACCAGGACGAUGAUAGAAGGACUGACGAUCCAUCACAACCGAUGGACGUGGCAGGAAACACCACCCGGGUCCACGAAGUGAGCAAGGAGCAGUCAGUGGAAGAGAUUGCUGCAUAUUAUUCAGAGGUCAAUGUUCAUGAGAACGAGGAUGGUGAUGGUGCAAACACUGGUAUCCAGGAUGGAGAUAGAAGUACUGAUGAUCUUGCACAACCGAUGGUCGUGGCAGGAAACACCACCCGGGUACAAGAAGUGAGUAAGGAGCAGUCGGUGGAAGAGAUUGCCGCAUAUUAUUCAGAGGAUAAUGUUUGCAAAGGGGGAGACAAAACUCAGACACCAUGCGUCGAAGAGGGUAAAAAAGAGGUACAAUCUGAAAUCAAUGCUGCAAAUAUUAACAGUAGUGUCAUCGACGGGUCCAAUGUCCUAACUCCUCCCGAGGGUGUCAGCCAUACUGACAAUGAUACGAUUAUCUCGGAGGGAACAGAAACCAGCUCAGCCUUAGUUGUUUAUCAGGGGAUUGGAGAGACGGAGAAUAUAAAGGAAGCCGAGGCGGACACUGAUGAGACAACAGCUGAUAAGAAGGGUCUAAGUCAAAAAAAGCAAGCGCCCCGUGUUGUUUCCUCAAGGAUAGACGAGCGUUUCCAAUGUGACAAGAGAUUGAAGACACUCAUAGGUCAUGAAACCGAAGCCGGCGUCGCCAAGGCCAGAAAACUGGACGAGAAAGUUCGAUUGGCGAUUGGGACAGUAAAAAGAUCACUGAACCUGGGAAAUCUGAUGAUGUUGUCAGCGAAAGACUUCAUCGAUCUAUUAGAAAGAAAGAAAAACAUCCCUGCCAAGGUGAUGGAUGGGCUCAUACGGUUUUCGCGCCACAUGCUACGAGUCGACAUGGAGGAUGGUGUAGGGUUGAGAGUUGAACUUCUAGACACAAAAUUUGUUUCUCAGUUAACCAAGUUAUACCCCAGGUUCAUCAAAUCCCCUGCUAGAGAAGAAUUCCCUUUCACCAAAACGGUGAUAGAUAUGGUUAAUGGCGUAGAUGACGUCGACCGUGUGCAAUUGUAUGAGGAGGCUGACAUCGUCUACUUACCUUUCAACUUCGACCAGCGGUACUAG